UCUAUGCAAUAUAAUGAAAAUGUACGAGGAUAAUUAGAAAUGGCUCUCUCUAACAAUGCGAGAGUCCUUUGGAGCACAGGAAAAGUUGACGAUCUGAUUGCUCAUUUUAAAGCAAACCCAUGUUUGUAUGACAGGAAAACUAGAGCCUAUAAUGAUAAGGCUUUACGACUUGAAGCUUUUAGAACGAUCGCCGAUGAAAUGCAAAUUUCAUACGAUGAUGUAUACAGGAAGAUUGUCAACCUGCGCUCCCAGUUCAGGCGAGAAAAGCAUCGUGAAGUCAAGUUUGCAAGCGAGGGAAAUGCACAGGAUGCAGCCUCUCAAAUCAAAUGGAUACACUACAAACAACUCAAGUUUCUGGAUGAUUUUGUGACUCUGAGAAACCCUAGGACUGACUGCGUGCAAUACAGCCCAACAAAUGGAUUCGGUGACUUUGAUGAAAGCUUUGAAGACGAUGUGGAGUAUGAUGGCCUUGAUGUGGAUGAAUACAAAGUAGGGCUAGACGACAAUACAAACGAAAGAACGAUAGAUUUAACUGCCGGCGAAAGUCCUCAGCAUGAGCUGCAUAAUGCACAUACCAACAACUAUGAUUUCCAUAGACAGUCUCCAAUGCAAGAAAGAGGCGCUAAGAGAGUGCGACAAGAUUUUAACGCUCCGCAUCAGGAAUUGUCUGAAAGACGGCAAUUUCCAAACUCCACUGCACCUGAGAGACAUCAGCAUCAAGUACUUGAGAACACACACUCUUCAGGCAGAGAGUGCAUCGACCCCUCACAGAGUGCAGUGAUGCAGAGAGCCUCAUCACAUAUCCAAAAGGCACUGUCCUGCUUUGAGAAGGCAGGAGGGAACACUAGAUACUGCAGAAGGUGUGAUGGUGAUGACGAUGAUGACAUGAUCUUUGCAAAGUAUAUUGCCACUGAGCUGAGACAACUACCAAGCGGUGAUACUAAGAGACUGGUAAAGCAUCAAAUUCAGAAUCUCAUAUAUGGAGCACACUGCAAACCACACACACUACAAUCAUCAUAGGUUACUCAGUCUUACUCUCAAGUGAAAUGUUGUCUUUUUAUGUAAAUGAGUUUUAUUCUUGUCCAAAUGAUGAUUUGUAAUCCACGAUAGUUUUUCACUUUGUAACAAAAUUAGGACCAUACAUGGGUAUGUGUCAGUAAUCAAAUCAGAACACAUCUGCAAUUCUAUGCUUUUGUGCAUUGCGCAUGCCAUUCCACACAGCUUCUACAGUUUAUCAAUCAAGACUGAAUUACAAAAGGUGUUCAGGUAUUGCAUCAAAGUUCUUUUAGGUAAUGUGUUAUAAUUUGAUUAUUGAUUAACACAUAUUUAGCUUUGACAAUUAAAAAUGUUUUAAAUUUAGUAGAAAUACAUGUAAAUGUGUAUUUAUCACCUUCAGGCUUCAGCUUUACAAACUUCAGUUUCAUAUGAGUUCUUACUUCUGAGUCAUUCAUUGAUGAAGGAGAGUCAAAUUUCUUUUUUUACCUAGUGUUUAAAGUGGCAAGGAAUAUUCUUUCAAAUGCAUGUAUUUCAGAAACUGUUUUAUUGGAAUAGAGCAACAUUUCAGUUAACUGUAAUAUGUUUGGAUUCUUUGGAAUGUAAUGUACAUGUAUUAUGUAUAUAAGUACAAUCAUGUAACAUAUUAUUCAUUAGAGAAUUGAUAGGAUGUCACCAAGAGCCCUUCGACAAUCCAUUAAUUUAAAGUCGAAGAUACACCAUUACUUAUUAUUGUUGUCCAAAGUUAAUGUGGUAUGAUUUAUUUUUAUGAUAGCACGGUUCUUUGUGCUGUAUUUUCUCUGAUAUAUAUUAGA